GUUGAGCCGUUUGAGGACUGCAGAAAAUAGCUCCUCCUGCUGUUACAGUCACUCUGUGUAUACAUUAUGCUGCUCGCGAAUAGAGCAUUGCAGAGUUAACGUUCGCACGCUCUUCCAAAAACAUUUCUGUCAGCCCGAAGGGUGUUUCCCAGCACCUUUCAAAUUGCUUCUUUUUUUCGUAGCGCCCUUCAGAUAGGAGGCGCUUGAACUUGGCGUUCACAAACGCAGACGAAUGUUCGCAAAGCACGCCUCAAUCGGAUAAAUUGUAGUGUUUCAGCUUGUUGCCAUAGUCAAUCGACGUUCACCGGUGUCUUGUUGUUUACUGCGGCACGGGAGACGGCAAGAUAGGCGCCGUCGCCCACCACACGCGCGCCCUUUCCGCGCUUCUCGCACACGCACCGCCUCCCAGCCCGAGUGCAACAACACGAGGAGCGCGCUCGCUGUCUCGACCGCCGCGUGCGCUCCGGGAAGCGAGGCGCCAUGCAGUUCGUGUCCGUGGACGUGGGGACGCAGAGCGUCCGCGCAGCACUCGUCACCGAAAGGGGACGCUUCGUGAAGACGGCGUCACGGCCGCUGGAACUGUGGAACCCGCGGCCUGGUUUCUACCAGCAGUCAUCGGACCAGAUAUGGAGUGCCUGCUGCGACGCCGUCAAGGAGGUGUGUCGGGAAGCGAAGGACGUAAGUGGCAUCGGCUUCGACGCCACCUGCUCGCUCGUGGUGCUGGACGACUCCGGUCGGCCACUGACCGUCAGCCCCAAAGGUGAGCCGGAGCAGAACGUGGUGCUGUGGAUGGACCACCGCGCCGUGUCGCAGGUUGAGGCCAUAAAUGCGACUGGGCAUCCUGUGCUGCGUUUUUUGGGCGGAACCAUGUCGCCCGAGAUGCAGCCACCGAAGCUCCUCUGGCUUAAGCAGAACAUUCCAUCGACCUGGAAGCGCAUUGGUUUGGCCCUUGACCUGUCCGAUUUCCUCACGUGGCGAGCCACUGGCGACGCGUCACGGUCCCUGUGCACGGCUGUGUGCAAGUGGACGUACCAGGCGGGUACGGUGCCCGGUUCUGACAUGAAGUCUGGCUGGCAGGACUCCCUGUGGACUCGCAUCGGCCUCGAUGACCUCACGCGCGACAACUACAGGAUCAUAGGUCAGGAAUUCCGACCGCCAGGAUCGCCCUGUGGAAACGGUUUAAGCACCGAGGCUGCCACGGAGAUGGGCCUGAAGAAAGGCACGCCCGUCGCCACUUCCAUCAUCGACGGGCACGCCGGAGGCCUUGGCCUGCUUGGCUGCGAGGCGGAAGGUGAGUUUCCCAAGGAAUUCUCCCAACGCCUGGCCAUUAUUGCUGGGACAUCGGCCGCUCAUAUGCUGGCAAGCGAGAAGUGCAUCUUCACACCAGGCGCUCCUGGCCCCUUCUUUUCGGCCAUGGUUCCAGGAAUGUGGCUCUGCGAACCGGGGCAGAGCGCAGCCGGGGCACUGGUGGACCACGUAAUUUCGACGCACCCGGCCUAUCCACAGAUAGUGGCGAAGACGAAGCCAGGCCGGAGGCUCGAGGACACGCUCAACGAUCUGCUCGAGUCCAUGUGCGAGAGGCAAGGCCUCGAUUCCCUGUCAAAACUGGCGGCUGACCUGCACGUGUGGCCCGACUUCUAUGGCAACCGCUCACCGCUCGCCGACCCAACUCUACGGGGCAUGAUCUGCGGACUGACGCUGUCGGCUGACGAGGAGGACCUCGCGAGGCUGUACCUCGCUACGCUUCAAGCAUUGGCGUACGGGUCACGACACAUCAUAGACACCCUGACCAGCACAGGCCACUCGUUGUCCGGCCUACUGACGUGUGGGGGUCUGGCCAAGAACCCACUCUACGUGCGGUUGCUCGCGGACGCCACUGGUUUGCCUGUGCUACUGCCUACGGAGACGGAGUCGGUGCUCCUUGGUGGCGCCAUCUUGGCUGCUAGCGCCAGCGGCCGCUAUUCAAGCGUGACGGAGGCCAUGCAACGCAUGGGCGGCUCGGGUCGCGUGCUGACGCCGCGGUCCAGCGAGCGUGGGUUCCACGACGCCAAGUACGCUGCGUUCCAUGCCCUGCUGGACUGCCAGCGGCAUCUUAGGGAAAUCAUGUCAGGCGGAAGACCACCAUCACCGUGCUCUUGAUUUCAGUGUCUCUUAGUUUGUUGUUGGGGAAAUGAAAAUAAACGUCGGGGCUUUUGUCGCCAUGUAA